CCGCACGAUAAUAAUUAUAUUCAUUAGUACUAAUUAAAGUUGGGUAUCAGAUAUGGUGUGGUGCCGUGACACAAAGAAUAGUACAACAAGACUUAUGCGAACGUCUGAAUUUGCUGCCCAAUUUCUCAAGACAUGGCUACUAAGAAAACGAGAGGCUCUCAGUCUUUCCCCAGAUACGCCACUAAAGGGCUGAAAGAGGGCAUUCUGCACAAGCGACAAAGAGGACGAAAGACUAAUGAUCUGAGUGGACUGAAAUUUCAAUCAAGAUACUGCGUUCUCAAUUUGAAUCUGUUGUCAUAUUACAAAAGCAAAAGCAAAAAGGAUUUUGGCCACAGACCCAGCGGAUCGUAUCAUACUUCCAAGAUCAAAAUAGUGGAAACUGUACCUGAUUUGACUUUUCGAAGACCGCACUGUUUCCAGAUAGGAAACGAGAAAGAAGUGAUGUACUUCAGUGCAAGCUCUAAAAGAGAUAGAGAUGCUUGGAUAGAAACUUUCAGAAUUGCUGCCUUUGGACUGGGAAAGAACCAACCAUUGCUGGUCUGUCAUAUGGGAGCUUAUGGUCAAACUGGGAAAAACCAAUGGAGUUGUUGCAACAAGGAGGGAAGAGAAGCUAAAGGAUGUUGGGACAGCAAUCCCCCUUCUGUUGACCAGAAAAUGCCAGUUAAAAGAAUUACAUCUCCUUCUAGGGAAGAUAGUUUACAGAGCAUGUCUGUCCCUUUGUCUUCGCCCUACCUGUCUACUUCCCCUCAGAAUCAAUAUAGUGACAGUGACUCUGAGGAUGACGACGAGGAAGAACAGCCUGCAACUUGUCCCGAGGAAACCUGGAAUUCGAAUCAGAGCAGGCAGAGUAUUGACAGUGGAAAGGGAGGCAGUACAAGUACACUUAAUACAGUCGCUUCAUCAUCACCAGCUCCCAGUCGACAGAAGAAAGCAUGGGAUAAAGCACUUGGAUCAGCCACUAUCGUGGAAGAAGACCCUUCACAUGCUCAUUCUUUGACUGACAAAGUAAUUCCGUUUGUCUACACGCACAAGACGACCCUACAGCCAGAGGAAGACUCCUCAUACGCCACCACUGUACUAUACAGAGGGGUAGAUUCUGUGAUUGAAGCUACAAGUACUGGAAAGGUAUCUACAUCAACUGUUAAUACUGGCGGGUCACAAAAGCAAACCAUUUUUGCUGGGAAAGGUGAAAUUGCUGUUUCAGUUAGCAUCUGGAGAAAUCACAUUGCUUUCGGAUCUGAAGCCAUUUAUUUGGGGAACAUCGACAGCACUGGAGUGAAGAUAUUGGGAUCACUUAGUGUUCAUAAUGAGGUCUCACCUCAACUAGUGGCCUUCUGUCCUGAUCGGUCCUUUUUCUCUGCUAGUAAGGGAGGACACCAUGUGAGCAUGUGGAGCAAACGUGAAGACGGUUCACAUGUGGAAGCCACAGAAAAACCAAACUGUACUCUCAAAGUCGCUGAGGAUGAUGAUCAAAUAUUCAGCUUAACUGUGAGCCCAAAGAGGUCGUGGUUAGCCAUUGGUGUCACAUCUUCCAACAGUGACUUUGUGUACAUCUACCGUUUCAAGGAUAGGUUCGUUUUCCACGGUAGGACAGAGAUUGGUCAAGAAUCUGGUGUGUGUCUUGCAUUCACACACGACGGAGAGUACUUGUUUGUGGGUAGUGACCUAAGGAUUCAGUGUUUUAAUGUAAGUGAUGAUCAAGCCACUAGCAGAUUGGCUGACAGUGUGUUCAAUCACACAUUCAAGCAAGAUAGUUCUAUCAAAAGUCUUGCCUGUUCCCCUGUUCGUCACCACCUUGCUGUUGGCUUAAGCACCGGGGAGGUCAAAGUUUUUACUGGACACCCAAGGUUCUUGAAUCAUAUGCCGAGUACUAUGACUAUUCAAGAUUCAAAGACACAAAGUAGCGGAGCAGUGACAUCACUUUCAUAUAGUAGGGACGGUAUGAAGACAGCUGUUGCAUUCGACAAGGGGACAGUGCAAAUUUGGAAAGGUUCGAGGCCACCAGAAGAACCAAAGUUGAUAAAACACAGUGUCACAGUGACAAGUAAAAGCCAGACUGUUGAUGAGGAUGGUUACAGCAUUUUUAUCCCAGAGGGGGCAGUGAAAGAAGGCACUAAGAUUACACUCCACCAUGGUGUAGCACCUCACAGUCCGUAUGGACCCUUUGAUUUUGAUGAAGGAGCUCAACCCGUGUCACCCAUUAUCCUACUAUGUCCUGAGCCAGCUAACACGGUAUUUCUCAAGCCAAUAGAAGUCACUUUGCCUCACUUCAUAGCGUGUGAAACGCAAGAAGAUUGCAAUAAACUGUCCUUUUCAAAAGCACGACACGACAAUUUUCGAGUUGAUAACAGCAGAAAAAUUUACAAAUUUGAGAAGGUAACUGAUGGGAAAAUGGUUCAUCUUUGCCAGUAUGAUCGGAAAAGCAAGAUUCCACAAGGUGCAGCUACACUGUACACACAGCACUGCUGCUACAUAUGUAUUCAAGAAAACAUCUCAGAGGAGGAAACCAACAGCAAGAAAGUUUUUUCGCUAGCACAAAUAGUUCCCAAACAUCGAGACUAUUCGAAGGAGAGUCGAGUUUACUACUGUCUCUCAUACCAUCUCAAGACUUGCCUCAAGGUACUUGAAGAACAAUUCCCUGAUGACUUGUAUAUAAAGAGUAUGAAGACGGUAUCAUUUGAAGAUGUGGGAGCCUCACAGAAAAGGGUGUUAAAAAUACAACUUCAUUCGGAAAGCGGGUUAAGCCUACCUGGUGGUUGGGCUCUUCAAAUGAUAAAUGGUGGUCAGAUUGCAGAGCAAAAUCUGUGCUUCUGGGAUGAUGAGAUUCGAAGCAAUAUCGAAGAGUUGUGCCAAACUAAAGAAUAUCCACCCAAGAUUCCCCUUCACGUUGUACCAGGCCAAGACCUUGUGACAGAAGGAGUCUCUACUAUGGUUUCUUUCACUGGUGUUCGGAUGUAUCAAAGUGAGGACACUAACGUCAAAUUCAUGCUGGAAUUGACCUUGCGUCAGAUGCCGCCACGUAAUUCCGUAUCUUCUGGAAGACGUCUGUCUUCUCUCUCCUCUUCCUAUACCUCCCACGAGUCUGCUUCUCCAUUAAUAACAACAUCUGUCAAAAUCACGCCGGACUCGGUGGAAGAUCUAGACCUUCAAGAUCAAUUUGACGACAUUGCUAAGACUGUAGACUGCAAGAGACUAGCUUCGGCUUUGUUUACUGAAUCCUCACCAAAAAAAUGCCCAUACCUGAGCGAUGAUUCGAAGAAAACGAUCAGAUCAUUUCUCACAAGAUCAAGGACAAAGUGCGAUACUCCAGAUGAAAAAUUCUGGGCAAAUUACGACAUACUAGUUGAUGCUAAUGAAAUUGCUACUAAACAUCCACAAUACAUAACAGCCGUGCAAGCUGCCUUAAAUAGGGCAAGGCUAGAACUACAAAAAGAUGGACUUGGAGUAAACCGAUCAAAAAGAGAAUCUGUUGGUACAGCUUCCGUGUUGAGCUUCACUGCUGAGGAUAAUAGUCCACCCGUACAGGAAGCUAACCUUACACCACCACCAAUGCCGCGAAGCACCUUCCCUACAGAAUAUUCACAGUCUACGCCCAAUGAUAAUCACUCCUCAUUUAUUUUACCCUUUAAGGAACCACCAAUUGCAAACCCCAUAUUAUAAUUUUGAACUGAGAUGUUUAUGUAGCCUUAACUGCACAUAAUUAUUUUUUUAUUGAUGUAAAAGUUUUUUUUAUUGCUAUAAUAAUUCACACAAACACA